AUGAAGUUCAUGAAGUACGCAGUUUUCUUUUACAAAUCCGUGGGCAUUGAGCCGUAUACGAAGUCCUCUCGUCCAAGGAAAAUUAGUCUGUGGUCGAAUCUCCUUUUCUGGGCAAACGUAAUCAAUUUGAGUGUGAUUGUUACUGGCGAGUUUCUACACCUCAGAAUUUCAUUCUCCCGUGGAAAAUUAAUUGAUGCCGUCACUGUAAUGUCCUAUAUAGGAUUUGUGUUCUUGGGAAUGAGCAAGAUGCUUUUUAUCUGGUGGAAGAAACCGGACCUCAGCGAUAUGGUUCAUGAACUGGAGCACAUAUAUCCUCAAAACAAGGAUCAGGAGAAGGUCUAUCGCUUGGAUAGCUAUCUGCGAUCCUGCUCCCGUAUUAGUAUAACCUACGCCCUCCUUUAUUCGGUGCUCAUUUGGACCUUCAAUCUGUUCAGCACUAUGCAAUUCCUCGUCUACGAGAAGUGGCUCAAGAUCCGCGUAGUUGGUCAGACUCUGCCAUACCCUGUAUACUUUCCCUGGAACUGGGAGGCCAACUGGUCAUAUUAUCAGCUGCUAUUCAGUCAGUACUUUGCAGGACAUACUUCAGCCUCGGGACAGAUCGCCACGGAUUUAUUGCUUUGUGCAGUGGCCACUCAAGUGGUGAUGCACUUUGAUCACCUGGCACGAGUGGUGGGAAACCAUCACUUGGGUGGGGACUGGAGCGAGAACUUAAGAUUCUUGGCCGGGGCUGUCCGAUAUCACCAUCGUAUUUUACGUCUAAUGGAUGUCCUCAAUGACAUAUUCGGAGUACCCCUCCUGCUCAACUUCAUGGUCUCCACAUUUGUCAUCUGCUUUGUGGGAUUCCAAAUGACCGUGGGAGUUCCACCGGAUAUCAUGGUUAAGCUUUCUUUGUUCCUGUUCUCCUCAAUGUGCCAGGUGUACCUGAUUUGUCACUACGGCCAGUUGAUUGCCGAUGCGAGCUCUGGCUUGUCCAUUGCUGCCUACAAACAGAACUGGAAUGAUGCUGAUGUUCGCUAUCGUCGUGCAUUGGUAUUCUUAAUAGCUCGACCACAAAGAACUACUUAUUUGAAGGCCACAGUUUUUAUGAAUAUAACGAGGGCCACAAUGACGGAUCUGCUUCAGAUAUCAUACAAAUUUUUCGCUCUGCUCCGUACCAUGUAUAUCAAGUAAUCCAUUUA